AUAUCAGUCGAACAAGAAAAGUAAGGGGAGAUAUAGGUUUACCGUGGCAGACCCAAGAGUGGAGGCCGUCGGUGAUGGAGAGGUCGAAGCGACCCUCGAACCACGUUCCUUGACGAAGACUGGUUCGCUCGCAGGGGUGUAAAUCUCGAGCUUCAUGCAUGUGUGCCUCGUCCCCGCCGCCGCAGUAUCCAUUCUUCUCCACCGUCACCAUCUUCUUCUUCGCCGUCGAAAUGGGAUCUGGGCCUCCUUACUCAACCUCGUCGACGUCCUCCACAGAGACAUCGGCUCCUCUCAUCGUCCUCUACAGCAACUCAUCAAGUCCGCCAACACCGUUGAGCUUCUCCGCCUGGCCCCAUGAAUUAUGGACAAAGGGGCCUUCCUUGGUGUCGGUGAGAUUGUGACUUUCAUGGAAUGGAGCUCUGAUCGGCUGGGAAAUGGAGAUUAGCAGAGGAAUCAAGAAAGGGGCGUAGUCUAA